AUGCAAGUGCCGUCCUCACAGCUGAGCCAGGAGGCCAGCGUCGACAUGCAUGAUGUCGAAGAGACCAUCCCCCUUCAAAUUGGGAGCCCUGUCUUCCUCAGGAUCAGAAUUGAGUCCAACUCUUCCCAACCCUACUCGAACAGCAUGACCAUAUUCAAAGUUCUGGCAAACUUGGAAAGAGAGGGAGGGGCAAGGAAGGACUACUUUCUGAAUUCCAGCAUCAUGCUGGACUGGAAUAAAUACUUCCUGCAGAACCUGGAGUCUCACCUUGCAAUUGCAGAUUCCCAUCUGGCCAAUGUUAUGUCCCACCUGGCAGCUACCGAGUCCCGCCUGGCAGCUGCCGAGUCUCAACUGGUUGAUGCAUUUUCCCGCCUGGCAGCUGCCGAGUCCCGCCUGGCAGCUACCGAGUCUCGGCUGGCUGAUGCAUUUUUCCGCCUGGCAGCUGCCGAGUCCCGCCUGGCAGCUACCGAGUCCCGCCAGGCAGCUGCCGAGUCUCAACUGGUUGAUGCAUUUUCCCGCCUGGCAGCUACCGAGUCCCGCCUGGCAGCUACUGAGUCCCUCCUGGCAGCUACAUACCUGGCAUUUAGAAAUAACAUGUCAUAUUGGUGGAUUUUCCUAGAUUUGAAGAUGGGAAGCCUUGCACCGGGACCAGAUCAGCCUGAAUUUGCAGCAAAUCAGACUUUAGAGCUCAUCAAGAUCUCAGAGCAGCUGGUUGAGGAGGAUCCCAAAGUGUCCACCCAGAUGUUAUAUGAUUUUUUUCUGGAUAUGCCCAUGUCCGCAGUGCACAACAUUCUGACGGAAGACCUCCAUUUGCAUUGGGUCACAUCAGUCUGGGUGCCUCAUCAGCUCCCAGAAGACAACCAGAGAGCAAAGAAUGACUCUGAGAAAAGUGUUUGCAAUGACCAUCUUGAGGUGGAGGAGGCCAUGCUGCAGUGGAUUGGGACACUGGACGAGGAGGUGCUCAAAGAGGAGAAUUUAUUAGGAUACUCAAUGUGGGAGAAAGACCGGAAGGAGAAAUACAGGGAGAUACAGUCUCACGGUUAUAGCUGGGGCUCGCACGCACUUCGUCCUGAUACGUGGACGAUCGAAGGUGUUGGUUCCUGGUCGCCGACCGUGGUCCAGGUCGUCGGCUCGUGA